AUUCUAACAAGGCCCUUCCUCCUGUCCAGCCAACUCUGGUUCAGACCUGUACUAGUCCAUCAGUGAUGUGUCGGGGUUCAACAUUGUGCAUCUCCCAAACUCAGCUGUGUGAUGCAUGGAGAGACUGUCCUGAUGGUUUUGAUGAGGAGUCCUGCAUUACUAAAUGUCCAAACGGCGGUAAAUAUAUGACUGCUUUCUGAUAUUUGUUACCUCUUUGCCCCCCAGAAAACCCCUUAAACCCUCUUAGCUUUCUUCAUGGUCCCUCCUAUGUGUGUCUCCCAGGUGAGUUCCGAUGUAAGGACAGGAGGAGGUGUAUUGAGAGGAGUCUGGUUUGUGACGGACGCUCUCAUUGCAAUGACGGCUCCGAUGAGGUUGGCUGUCCAACGAUAGCUGCGCCAACAUCCCAGGCAGCGCCGCUGAAGUGUCGUAUGGGCUCUAGACUGUGUAAGGAUGGGAGAGAGUGUGUCCUGCACAGCCAUGUUUGUGAUGGAGAGGUGGACUGUAAGGAUGGAUCAGAUGAACAGGACUGUGGUGAGUCUGAUUUCUGACUGUUUCCACCUUGGUCAGUCAGGACGUUUUUCUAAAUCGACUAAGUGUCUGACGUUAUUCAGAAAAUGGCAUGAUGUCCCAACAAUGAGGAGCCGGACAGAACGGCCAUUUACAGUACAUGGUCAACAAUGUGGCAAAUGUUUUCCAAUGUUUUUUUGCAGGGCUGUCAGAGUUAAUCAGUUAACUCAAGUUAACCUUUCUGCAAUUUUUGUAUCGUGAUUAAGCGCAUUGUCAAAAUACAUCUCAAAUCUACAAUGCCAUGUAAAAACAUGUUGACAUUGCGGUUAAAGAAAGUGUGGUUUCUCAAAUUACCUAAUUUUGCUAACCGUUACUUAUGACAAAAUCAAGACGUCAAUAUUCUUGUAAUGUUUUUUUUUGGGGGGGGGGAGUUUAUCAAAAUAAAUCGAAUGCAGCACGUUAACUGAUUAAGUACAAUACCAUUGGAAAUUAAUGUUGACAUUAUAUUCAUAAAACGUAAGUAAAAAAUUAUGCUGUCGCUGCUUCCUGUUAACAAGACAUAAUGAUAAAUAGCCUGUCAAAAUCAACUAAUAUGCAGAGAAGGUUCUUGAUAUAUUGUAAAAUUUACUGUGCAACAAUAAUCAUAUGACAUAUUUUUUUUAGGAGUACCUUAUAAACUGCACAUGCACCAAAAAAAACGUGUCAAUUGGCAAUUAAUCACUCAUCGAUUAUUGAGGGGGGGAGAGAUUAUAUGCGAUGUUGAAACUACCACAACUCAAAAACCACAUGGAAACUGGAUAUAUUUCUACAUCACUUAUUAAAGGACAACCUUCGGAACAGUCCGCUAUAUUUUGGGAUGUAGCAUUUUGAUGGGGAUAACAAAAACAGGAAGUGGAACCCAACACUUUUUCAUUUUGACUCAAGUGGGUCGCCAACGAGGCAAGUGUAAAGCAAUACUUUUUUAAAUCACUUCCAUCGAUAUCACACUGAAAUCAAUAGAUCAGGGGCUGUUUUAAAUUAACACUUUUCAAAGGCCACACGGAAACUUGGAUUAACCUAUACAUGGUUGGAAAGAUUGUAGAAGGCUUCUAUUUAUAUCUUGGAAUGGCACAUUUUGAUUUCGGGAGGCUACAUCACCGGAGAAGGGAAUAUACCACUUUCUGUUAAGGUCAACGAAUCCCAACCCGCCAUAGGAAUAUCCGCAGUGACAAAGGUCGGCUGUUACUUAAGUGAUCCGGGCGCCGACGAAGAUGGCGGCCUCGCGACUAGCUCUUAGGAAACUUUGCGGUAUUUUGUUUUAUGUAUUAUACAAGCUCGACGAACUCCGGGCAAGGAUUUCUUUCCAGAGAGACAUCAAGGCUUGUAACAUACUUUGUUUCACGGAAACAUGGCUCUCUGGGGAUAUUUUGGCGAAAUCAGUCCAACCAGAUCAGUUCAUUGCGCAGACAGGAAUGAAUAUCUCUCCGGGAAGCAGAAGGGCGGAGGUUUCAUGAUUAACGACUCAUGGUGUAAUUGUAGUAACAUACAGGAACUCAAGUCCUUUUGUUCACCCAACCUAGAAUACCUCACAAUCAGUACGGUCGGAAUUUAUCUCCCAAGAUAAUUUUCUUCAUUUAAAGUAACGGCCGUGUAUAUCCCCCCCCCCCCUCAAGCCAAUACCACGAUGGCCCUCAAAUAACUUCACUGGACUUUAUGCAAACUGGAAACUACAUCCUGAGGCUGCGUUUAUUGUAGCCGUUGAUUUUAUCAAAGCAAAUUUGAGGACUAGGCUGCCAAAGUUCUAUAAACAUAUCGACUGUUGUACUCGCGCUGCUAAAAUCCUCAACCAUUGCUAUUCGAACUUCCGGGAUCGUUAAAAGGCCCUCCCCCGCCCUCCUUUCGGCAAAUCUGACCACGACUCUAUUUUGCUCCUCCCUUCCUAUAGGCAGAAACUCAAACAGGAAGUACAUUACAUUUACGUCAUUUAGCAGAUGCUCUUAUCCAGAGCGACUUACAGUUAUAGUGAGUGCAUACAUUUUCAUACGGGCCCCCCGUGGGAAUCAAACCCACAACCCUGGCGUUGCAAACGCCAUGCUCUACCAACUGAGCUACACGGGACUACCUGUGCUAAGGACUAUUCAACGCUGGUCUGACCAAUCGGAAUCCACGCUUCAAGAUUGUUUUGAUCACGCGGACUGGGAUAUGUUCCGGGUAGCUUGCGAAAAAUUAUUUUAAACCCAGUCACCGCUUCAGUGUAUUCGUCUAUCAGGAAGUGUAUAGGUGAUGUGCCCAUUGUGACUAUUAAAACCUACCCUAACCAGAAACCGUGGAUAGAUGGCAGCAUUCGCAAAACUGAAAGCACGAACCACCCCAUUUAACCAUGGCAAGGUGACUGGGAAUAUGGCAGAAUACAAACAGUAUAGCUACUCACUCCGCAAGGCAAUUAAACUGGCUAAACAUCAGUAUACAGACAAAGUGGUGUCGCAAUUCAACGGCUCACACACAAGACGUAUGUGGCAGGGUCUACAGACAAUCACGGACUACAAAAAGAACCUGCCACGUCGCCGACGUCACGCUUCCAGAUAAGCUAAACAACUAGACCGCUAGACUCCCCGUAAAUAAACGUUCAGUUACAAUCUGUAGCUACUCGGUUAAUGUUACAAGGCAGCUAGCUAGCUAACACUUGCCUCCUUAUGCAGUGACCAGAAUGUGGUCCUCAUUGCUUGGUUCUGGUGGUAAAUGCUCGAACGUUACAUUGCUCACCCAUCCACAGACAAUGUAGUUGUGGCUACGAUUGCACCGACUUGUAGGCUUUGAACUCUUGGCAGGUGGAUGCAGUUAUUGUGUUGUGAAUAAAGUAUAGAGUUCACAAUGUCAGGGUAGGUGAUUGUUGGUGAGUCAGAAUGAUCAAGAACUAGGUUAAUCUUGUCUCAUUAGGGUCCAAACCAACAAUGUUACAGUCUUCACAACGCCUCAUGAAUCGUUUUGUCUUUGUACUUUGCAGAAAGUUGGUUGCCAUUGUAACUUGACACUUGUAAUUUCCCCAUGUGCUAACAUAGAGCACUGUUAACCUUAAAGAUGACUAUAAAAAUGGCUGCCACCGGGCCAGCAGUGAGGUCACCAAAUUCUAUCAAUUAAGUUCUAAUAUAAGGAGUGGUUUCAUGGACACGGAUUAAGUCUAGUGCUGGACGGAAAAUAGCUUAAAAAUGAGAAUUUUCAAAUUAUCUUUUCGGAAACUUCUAACAGUUCAUUAGACUUGUUCUGGGUAGUCUGUAAAAGGCUUGUGCUUUCCUUUCCAUUAUCUUGGUUACAUUCUCUCCCUACAGGGUCUCCAAUUCCAGUUACUACCUCUAAUUUAGCUCCAACUACAACCAGUCCAGAUAUUCUUCCUGCUCAGCCAGUUUGUACCAGUCCAUCAGUGAUGUGUCGGGGUUCAACAUUGUGCAUCUCCCAAACUCAGCUGUGUGAUGCAUGGAGAGACUGUCCUGAUGGUUUUGAUGAGGAGUCCUGCAUUACUAAAUGUCCAAACGGCGGUAAAUAUAUGAAUGCUUUCUGAUAUUUGUUACCUCUUUGCCCCCCAGAAAACCCCUUAAACCCUCUUAGCUUUCUUCAUGGUCCCUCCUAUGUGUGUCUCCCAGGUGAGUUCCGAUGUAAGGACAGGAGGAGGUGUAUUGAGAGGAGUCUGGUUUGUGACGGACGCUCUCAUUGCAAUGACGGCUCCGAUGAGGUUGGCUGUCCAACGAUAGCUGCGCCAACAUCCCAGGCAGCGCCGCUGAAGUGUCGUAUGGGCUCUAGACUGUGUAAGGAUGGGAGAGAGUGUGUCCUGCACAGCCAUGUUUGUGAUGGAGAGGUGGACUGUACGGAUGGAUCAGAUGAACAGGACUGUGAGCUGCUCUGCAAAGCAGGUCAGAAGCUCACCUCUUGAUCUGGUUUAAUGUGUUUAAUCAUAAGUAGCCCGUUCCAGUACAAAUCCAUCCCUUUAUGUCAACGUCCUAAGUUCAGUGCCAGUGAUCUCAUUGGUUCCUUCCUCUCAGGUCAGUUCCAGUGUGCUCAUGGGAAAAAGUGUAUCGACCAGCAGCAGGUGUGUGAUGGGAAGGCCCAGUGUCAGGACCGCUCUGAUGAAAUGGACUGCUUCAAGCCCACCAAGAGCUGCAGCCAUCGCUGUGACAACAAGAGCCGCUGUAUCCCAGAAACCUUCCUCUGUGACGGAGAGGGAGACUGUGUGGACGGCUCUGAUGAGGAAGGCUGUGGUGAGACACUGCUGACUCACUGGGACAGUUGGCACAGAAGGAUGAGGAGGAGAAUCUCUUUAAAUGAAUCUAAUGUAACCUCUCUCCCUAGAUUCUAACAAGGCCCUUCCUCCUGUCCAGCCAACUCUGGUUCAGACCUGUACUAGUCCAUCAGUGAUGUGUCGGGGUUCAACAUUGUGCAUCUCCCAAACUCAGCUGUGUGAUGCAUGGAGAGACUGUCCUGAUGGUUUUGAUGAGGAGUCCUGCAUUACUAAAUGUCCAAACGGC